ACAGAAAAUUUCACCGCCAGCAGAGCAGCUACUAAGUACUUCUGGAGUGUGGGGGACAAAGGUCUCUGCUGUUCAAAUUAUUGCGUCCAGAAAAGAAAAUGAAUUUAUGAACAUGGGAAAAAGAGAUCACCUAAAGCCUAAGGCAAAUGUCUCUUCUUACAUCCACUUUUUGCUGAAUUACAGAAACAAGUUCAAGGAGCAGCAGCCCAAUACCUACCUUGGCUUUAAAGAGUUUUCUAGAAAGUGUUCGGAAAAAUGGAGAUCCAUCUCAAAGCAUGAAAAGGCCAAAUAUGAAGCCCUGGCCAAGCUCGACAAAGCCCGAUACCAAGAAGAGAUGAUGAAUUACCUAGGCAGGAGGAAGAAAAGGAGAAAGCGGGACCCCCACGCACCCAGACGGCCUCCAUCGUCCUUCCUACUCUUCUGCCAAGAUCAUUACGCCCAGCUCAAGAGUGAGAACCCAAGCUGGUCAGUGGUACAGGUGGCCAAGGCCUCGGGGAAGAUGUGGUCUGCAAAGACGGAUGUAGACAAGCAGCCCUACGAACAAAGGGCAGCUCUCCUGAGAGCUAAGUACCGAGAGGAACUCAGCGUCUACCGUAAUCAAUUCAAGCCCCGGAAGACGCGCUUGCAAGAGUCAGCUACGAACCAGUGCAGAGGGCUCGAGCAAGCUGAGUCAGACACAACCGACGGAUCCAACUAGAAAUAAAGGGCCAUUCCGUGGUA